AUGCCGCCGCCUCCACCGCCGCUGCUCCUGCCGCUGUCGCCUCCUCCCAGCUCCUGCCUGAAACAGCCAAACCCCGCGAGCGUAAGCAUCCGCCGCCGCGCAGCACUUUCGCCACGGAGGGAGGGUGAGGAGCGGGAGGGUACCGGAGAGCCGGGCAGCGUUUCCCAUCACCCGAUUCCACACGCGCUCAGCCAUUCAGCGCUGAGCAGCGCCGGGACCCGCCCCCCCUCUCCGCUCACCCUCCCCAACCCCCACCCCCGCCGGCCUCCACUCAGGGUCCAAAGGAGAGCGGAAGGGACUCACCGGCCCUGGGGCUUCCCCAGCCCGUCACUGGAGUCCCGGCUCCAGAACCCAACCCCCGGCUCAGCGCCACAGCCCAGUGCCCGCUUCCCGCCGCCUGGGAGCUCUCAGCCCACUGCUGACCCCUUCCUCCCCUUUCCUGGAGCGCCCCGCCCAGUCAGUCCCCGGGCCGCAGCUGCCCAGCGCGACCCCGCCCCUGGGAGGGGUCGACCCCGCCUCAGCUCUGCGGAGUACUGGGGGAAGACAGACCCAUUCCUCACCCUUCCUGGAGAAGGCCUCGCGGCUCUGACCUUCACCGUUUUCGUGGUCGCUUUCCUGACCCCCACCUCUGCUCCCCGUUACCAGCUGACAAGGUCUGGGAACCGCUCUCCCAAGGGAGAGCUGGGCCGAGCUGAUUAGGGGCCCACCGAAAGUCGAGGCCCAGCGAGCAUUUGGGUAAGUAGGGAGGAACUGAGGCUUUUAAAAUCAGUGAGAACGAAAAGGCGGGACUGAGGGAAGGCGAGACGACCAUCUGGUGCGUAAGACGAACUCGGGGCUUGGUUUCCGUACC